AUGGGCAGUCAGGAUAAAUACUUAGGAAUCCCAGCUCUCGUUUCCAAAUCAAAGACCGAAACCUUUCGCGAGAUCAGUUUAAGGGUGAGACAAAAAGUAGCCAGUUGGAAGGGGAAUUUGAUAUCUUAUGGAGGGCGGGAAGUUCUUAUCAAGAGUUUAGCCACGACUGUUCCGGUGUUUUCUAUGUUGUGUUUUCUUUUACCGAAAGGGAUUCAUAAGGAAAUCAAUAAGUUUAUUUCUAACUUCUGGUGGGGGAGGAAAAAUGAAGAACGCAAGAUGCAUUGGGUAUCAUGGAAGAAUAUGUGCUUAACAAAGGAAGCAGGAUGGUUGGGUUUUAGGGAUUUGGAGCACUUUAAUUUGGUUUUAUUGGCCAAACAAGGCUGGCGGAUCGUUAACCAGUCAAACUCGCUGCUAGCUAGAGUACUUAAGGGGAAAUACUUCCCACAUGGCUCAUUCAUGGAGGCUGAGCUUCAUUCGAACAGUUCAUUGGCUGGAGAAGCCUAUUGCAAGGCAGGAAUGUGCUCCAACGAGGUCCCAUGGUUGCCUAUAAAACCACCGUUCACAGUAUCUCCUUCUACGAUGCUACCACAUAAUAUUCGUCGGGUCUCAAAUUUACUAGCAACAGAUAAAAGGUUGGUUUGGCACUUCUCCAAAUCUGGCCAAUUCACAGUUAACUCGGCAUAUCACCUCUCUUUUGGCGAAUCGAAUAAUUCUGGUACUACUCCGGAGCAGGGUGCUUGUUGGAAGGAUAUUUGGUCCAGCUUAUUUGUCAAAUUGACAGGAGGAGAGAACAGGAAUGAAAUAUUGACAAAGGACACCUACCCAAUAGUAGUUAAUAGGGAUGCUUCUGAACUACAAUGUGAAUUCUCUUCAGCAGUUAGACGGGAAGACGCUGAGAUCAGGAGGGCUAACAACUCCCCGCCGUUGCCGAAUGCUAUUACAAGGACACCACCUCCACAACAUAUUGUGAAGAUAAAUUGUGAUGGGGCUUUUAAGUCUGAGCUUUUGUGCGGGGUAGGAGCUUGCGUUGCGACACGCCAUCAAGGUAAAGUUAUUGCAUCAAUGGCGAGGAAGUUUACCAACAUCGCAUCUUCCCUUAUGGUCGAAGCUAUGGCUUUCAGAGAAGCCAUUCAGUUUGCUAGGAGAAUGCGAGUGGAUAACCUAAUUUUUGAAGGGGACGCCAAGAGUUUGGCUUUAGUGUUUCAAUUUGUUAGGAGAAAUUGUAAUUGGGCGGCUCACUUAGUAGCUAAGAAAGCCCUUAGAGAACAUGUUUUUUGUACGAAUCCUCUAGCCCAAGUGAUGUGGCUAGAAUCGAGACUUUGUUAG